CUAAAGAAAGCAGUUGAAGAAUCAGGAGCAGUUGUUGAACUAAUUCUGGGUUCGUCGCUUGAGACCUUGGAGCAGUUGGCAAGUGUUAAAAGCUUUAGGACGUUCUUGUAAUUGCUGCAAUUGGUUCCAGAGUCCUCAGGUUCCUGUGUGAGGGUCAUGUCAUACUUACAACACCGGAGGAUCCAGCCCAGAAAGUCAUCCGAAGUUGUUAACAAGGAUAAAGUCCUGUUACACACGGUUCGUUUCGAGAUUAAAACCCAAAAUGGGUGCAAUCCGUGCAUUUAACCGCAAUAGCAAGAGACUACAAGUAGGUUACGUAUUCUUGCAGGUUCUUUGCACGACACAAAAGAAGGAGGUGGUACAAUGCUCUUCCUUGGCGAUGUGUUUUGUGAACCGGAUCGCACACUGAUCUUUACCGUAAUGUGCAUGCAUUAACCCCAAUGUGUGUGUGUGAGCAUGUGUUUACGCGCGCUUAGUGUAUAUGAAAUUGUGUGUUAGUGUGUAUGUGUGCACGAAUAUAUCGUGAGCCCACGCGUUACGAGGCGCUGUUGUCUCUGGCCUGGUGGGUCAUAAACCAAAGAUAAAUAAACCAUAAACCAGUAGGGUAGUUCCUAAUAUUGGCCCAAGAAAAGUGUCGUUCGCUACCAAAGAAAAGCCUAGGAGUCAUCCUUUCAUCGGUGAAGGUGCGUGUGUGUGUGUGACGAGUGUGUGGUUUGUGGCAAGCGGGCCCUCCCACCGGGUGUUUGGCGGUGAGUGCCGCACGAAAUUGAAACAGUGACAUCGAUCGAUCUUUGCUUGCACCCGGUGUGUUCCCGGUUGGCCGAUCGGCACGUGUGGUCGGAGUGUGAUGGAGCCUCUGCCCCAGAGUAGGUGGUGGCGCUGGAGACGGCGCCAUUUGCUGACGGGCUCGCUGUUGCUGCUGGUGUGUUUGCUGCUAGCGAUCGAUCCGACCCCCGUCAGUGCCGACCCGGACGAGGAUAUUCCGCAUAACGAAGUACGAAACUGGGCCAUCCGCUUCGGUGUCGACCUGUGGGAGUUUGGACGACAGUUUACCAAAGUGAACGACAUCAGAAAUCGCUUCAAGGACUCGGACGUGGACGUGACCCGGAAGGAUGGCAUACUGCUGCUGCGCGAGCUGGCGGCGGAAGUGAAGAACUUUAUGGAUUUCAAAAUGAACGCCGUAAUGCGAAUAAUGGAUUCUGCAGAGCAGGCCGCCCUGUCCGAGUCCGACCCGGAGUCGGCGACGUCCAAAGCGCACCCGAGCACAUUCUACGACGCGCGCCGUAUCAACGAGUACCAGUCCGAUGGCCGGCUGGCGGAAGGGUCGCGGCAGAUGCUGCUCCGCCAUAUGCGUCGGUUCGAGGGCUACCCCGUCAAUAUCAGCCUCAGCUCGGUGCUGCUCCCGGCGGGCGUCAGUUUGGACGAUCCGGAAACACAAAGCGCCAUCAAGUGGUCGUCCCAUCUGGAUCCACUGUUUGCGAACAACAUCGAGCGCGAUUCUGCCCUGUCGUGGCAGUACUUUGGCAGCAGCACCGGGUUUCUGCGCCGGUUUCCGGGCACCGCCUGGCCACCGGAGACGUCGUACGGCAGCAAGGAGAUAAACGACUUCCGCUCGGAGGAUUGGUUCAUACAGGCGGCUUCCUCGCCGAAGGAUGUGAUAAUUCUACUCGAUUCGUCCGGGUCGAUGAGUGGCAAGGAGUACCAGCUGGCGGUUGCCACUGCCAGCGCCAUCUUGGACACACUUGGCGAUGAUGAUUUUUUCAAUCUGAUCUCAUUUUCGGAUCAAUCGCGGGUGAUUGUGCCCUGCUUCCAGGACAAGAUGGUACGAGCCACCCCGGACAACGUGAAGGAAGUGAAGACGGCCAUCAAUGCGGUGGAGUGUGAAAAUACAGCCAAUUUUUCUGCGGCCCUUGAGACGGCUUUCGAGCUGCUGCGUAAGUACAACCAAAGCUCGCAGGGCAGCCAGUGCAAUCAGGCCAUUAUGCUAAUUACCGAUGGGCCGAGCGAUACGUUCAUGGAGGUGAUCAAGCAUUACAACCAUCCGCAUAUGCCGGUGCGCAUUUUCACCUACCUGAUCGGGACGGACAAGAGCGGGGGCAAAAAUCUCUAUAAAAUGGCGUGCGAAAAUAAAGGCUUCUUUGUGCAGAUAAACAGCCCCGAGGAGGCCAAGAAGAAGGUGGUCGAGUACGCGCUCGUUAUGGCCCGUCCGAUGGUGCUGUACCAAGCGGACCAUCCCGUCCACUGGAGUCCGGUGUUUAUGGGUGGUCGCAGCGGCAUACUUGGGCGGGAGAGUGAAAACCGUCGCAAGCUGGUCACCACCGUAUCGACGCCGGUUUUCGAUCGGCGCAAUCACUCCACGAGGGCGGCCAAUCUGCUCGGCGUUGUCGGGACGGACGUACCGAUCGAGGAGAUCCAGAAGAUGAUCCCCCAGCACAAGCUGGGCGUGAAUGGGUACGCGUUCAUCGUGGACAAUAAUGGGCGCGUGCUGUACCAUCCGGAUCUGCGGCCGCUGAGCGACAAUGAUCAGUACAGUGCGACCCUGAAGCAUAAGUACAAUUCGGUCGAUUUGACCGAGGUCGAGCUGCCGGAGGUGGACAAUCCGAGCAACACGAUCAACGAACGGCACGACCAGCGCUACGCCAAUACGCUUCAGGAGCUACGCAAUGAGAUGGUUAUGCAGAAGGAAGGCGAAAACGAACUCACCGUACUAACGCAUCUGGACUCGAUGAAGCGUGUGUCCUUGCGUUUUCAGAAAUACUUUUACGGUGCGAUCGAUGGUACACCGUUUUCAUUAGGCAUUGCCCUGCCCGAUUCCUACGGUGUGCACGAGCUGAAUGCCCAGCAGGAGAUUAGGCAUUCCCAUAUCAAUGUGACGGAACAUUUCAAGGGCAACAAUUGGAAGGUACACCCGGACUGGGUGUACUGCGAGUACAACAGCCUGAAGGACGCGGACGGCAAUGGCGAGGGUACGGAGGAGUCCACCUACCGAGACAAGGACGAAAGUUUCGAUACGCCCGAAGAGCAGGUGCUCCACUUUUUGGCCCGUGUCGGCAGGCCCGGCUGGAAAUGGAUGUCGGUACGUCCACGUUCACCUCAGCCACACCACGGGCACGGUGGCAUUCCGGUCGGGCAUUACGCUCAGCACCACUUUAACUCGCAAGGUUCGCGCAAAGCGGAACCGUACUAUUGCGACCGUACCCUCGUCCAGAGCCUGGUGCGGGACGCGAUCGUAACCGAUGGGCUGGAUCGCACGCCGAGCCAUCCGUCGCGGAAAGAAGAUCGAAGCCCCAUUGCCACGUUGAUGGCUUUGCUGCACAGCCGUCUCGGGUUCAGCAUGUUCAGCGUGAAGACAACGUUCGUGGCAACGCGAUCGGGGCUGCUGCGCUGGAUUGACCAUUUGCCCCACUCGGAGGACUCCUCGGAACCGCAUUUUAGCGAAACGAACGCACGAGCGAUGGACAUGAGCUGGUACAAGCGGGCGGUCGAUCUGUAUGCCACCGAGCCGGAAGGAUUCGUGUUCAGCGUUCCCUUCAACUCUGGAUACUCGGGCAAGAACAGCUCCACGCUCGUGACUGCAAGUCACGCCAUCUUCAUCGAUCACCGCGGCCACAAGGCGCCGGCCGCCGUCGUUGGGCUACAGUUUUUGCACGAAUCACUGUUCAAGCACUUCAUCAACAUUACGUCCAAGUGUACCGCCUCGACGACCUGCAAGAAGAACUGUGCGUCGGACGAGCUCGAUUGCUAUCUGCUCGACGACAACGGGUUCGUCAUACUGUCCGAGCGUAGCGAGCACACUGGUAAGUUCUUCGGCCAAAUCGACGGUACGAUCAUGGACUCGCUGGUGCAGGACCGCAUCUACCGGCGGGUACCGCUGAUGGACUACCAGGGCAUCUGUUCCGAUCGGGACAACCCCUACACUGGGGCGGGAGAGCCAUUGAAACCUGUUCGACCGAUGUCUUGGCUGCUGCAGUACUUUGUGUCGUUCGCGACGUACUGGCUGUCGGUGUUGCCCACGCCGAUCGGGGCGUGGCAAAACUCCAACUACAACUACGACGGCACGGACGAUAUCGAUGAUGAGGAUACGUACGACUACGAGCAGCCGGACUAUGAGCUGCCGCCGGAGCAUAGCGACGUAACGACGCCGGACUAUGAUCAGCGAUCGACACCGACACCGCAGCGGUCGCAUACGCAGGCAGGGCCACGCGUUGUGCCCGAUCCGGCCCAUGCUCGACCGUGCGAUCUCAAGACGGAUCUGUACGUGCUGCAACCGGAGCGCUUGAAUUCGAGCGGUCAGAACAAUCCACUAAAGGGCAAACUUACCAACUGUCACUCGUCCGGAUGUGAGCGUCCGUUCAGUGUGCAGAAAAUACCGAACAGCAAUCUCAUCCUGCUGGUAGUGGACGUGCUGUGUCCCUGCGGCUCCAAGCAGUUGGACAUUGACCCGCAAGAGGUCGUUGGUGGUGCGGGAGCCUGCGGUGUGCGUCGCAUGGCCAAGGAGAAAAUGCUGAGAAAACGGCCCGGCAAAUGCAUCAGCUACCAUCCGGAGGAGAUUGAAAUUAAGCAGUGCGGCACCGCCACCUCACUGUUCCAUGCGUCCCUGUACUCGACGAUAGCGACCUUUAUUGUGAUAUGGGUGCUGGCCAGCGCGUGAUAGGCAGUGUUCGGUGAGGUUACAUUUUAAAGGAACGGGCAGCUGCUGGGCUGCUCUUUUUGGUUGUAGUGAAGUGAAGAGAAGCCAAGAGGGAGAGAGGGAAAGAGAAAGAGAGAAAAG